AAAGGCUGGUGGAUCCGUUCCGUCUCUUUAUCGACCGUUGCUAUUCUCGGGACGCGCCCCCCUUCCCACGUUUUACGGAGUAUGCCUCGGAGCCACUUUAGGUGACUCAAACAAAGACUCGUAUCUCGCGUUGCCUGGGUCUGCCCUCUCUUUAUUAACCGCUUGUUCUCUUUGGGUCUUUUGUUGUGAGGAGAAACUCCCAAGGUCCUGCCUCUCCCCCCUUGGCUACUACACGCCUUAUCUAUUCACUGCUGCGGAGUACUAUCUAUCUUAUCACUAGUGGCAAGAGCUCCCCUCACAACCCCAGGCCCCGGCCUAUAUAUAUAUACGGGCAGAGGCAAUAAUUGAUCUUGCUUCCUCACUCUACUUCUUCUUCUCUCACCUUCCCCUAAUAAUCGACAUGGCCAUGUCUCAGGAGACUUAUGUGGCACACGACCUGCGCCGUGACGCCAAGGAGGCCAAACGAAACCACGAUCAUAAGGCCAAAUGGGCGCUUGGAGGUCGCCCAGCAGAGGCUCGUGGCAAUGUUUUCCAUGGGCAAGAGAAGCCCAUCACACGUCCGACUAAACCGGUGUCCUCGCAUUGGUGCCGUCAACACAACGAGAAGUUUUUCAACCACCUUGCCAACACCGCUCGGAUUGCCCUGAGUCGGGAGGUUGAAGAGGCUCUAUCCUCUGAUUCCUCCUCCGACGAGACAGUGACUGAGCCCAACUCGAUCAGGCCGGUUUUCCAAGACCCUCAGGAAGAAGACCUGAUUCACCCCUAUGAGACCUCCGGACAGACCAUUCUCUCUGCAGCAGUCAACAAGGCCGUCGAGCGAUUCGAGACAAAGGAAACCGAGCGCCUAGUCAAGGAGUACGAGUUUGUAUCGUGCGAGAGCGAGGCCCAAAUCGGCGGAGGCUAUCUGGCUGAUGACGACUUUGAGUUCGUCGACCUUAUCCAUCUCUGAUCUCUGCUCAUCUUCCUCGUCCGUCGAAAUACCCCUGUACCAACUUUGCCUUUGCAUCAUGAUCUCUUUUGUACCUUAGACUAAUAACGGCACCAUCGGAGUUCGGGGGUUUCCUUACUAUGACUCUGAGAAUUUCAGCUCCGCCUGGUUGCAGAGUUGACUUGUGAUUUUUCAAAGGGUUUCCUUGGAGUUAUGCUCUUCAUUCAUCGCGUUCCAUAUGUCAACUUUGGCCUGGUUUGGCGGUCUCCAGCUCUUUUUCGCACCUAGCACUGUCCUGUGGUCCGGCACUAGGCUUGGAGUCACUCGUCCUAAUAUCAGUCAUCAUUAUUAUCGAGUCCCUGUGUAUAGACAGCCA